ACAGGAUCUGCUAAGAUCAGAUAAGUGGCGAACCCAUCAUUAUCAGAUUGAUUUGAGUGGAAUCGCGGCUUUUGAUGUACUUGUUGUUUCAGUUGCCGAAGCACCGCAUACAUAAAAGCUUGGCACUCCCCCCUUGGACUCUUCCCUCUUCAACCACUGUCCAAAGGCCCUAUCAAGCCAUCAAUGGGGGCCCUGACUUCCACGAUUUGACAAAUAUUCUUGCCUUUGCUGGCAAUUAACAAGUUAUCGUAUCAUUCGUUCAUCUUGAGGUCCUGUUGCUCUUGAGCGACUUCAGCUUUGAUCUAUCAUCUCAGCCAUAGAUGAGGGCUUGAACUUCAUACCAUCUCCUCACCGUUUUGACUAUUGCAUCACUACUGGCACGAUGGCUUGGAUAGCACGAGGCCAGGAUGACAAUGGAUAUGUCCAAGAGACUCCAAAUGGGCAAACCCCUUCAGUACCAGCUUUGGCUACCCAUAGAGGUGAACUAUGGUGUCUUUGGAGCGACCCAUCUGGUGGACUUUACUAUGCCAUUGGAGAUAACAACACCUUCGGAACCCGACUCCCUUUUCCCGACAAAGGAAUCCCAGUAAUGGCUGGACUUCUAGGUAUGCUCCAUGCAAUCAUCAUCAGAGAGACCGGAGAUAUGGUUCAUUAUGUCUUCGACAAUGUCAACCAGACCUGGAUUAGUCCCUCUGUCUUGGAUCGGGAAAGUGGCUUUUCUUCUGGCACCACCCCAGCACUCGUCGCUUUCCACAACAAGCUAUUCUUUGUUUAUAUCCAGGAAUCCAAGCUUUUCUAUUCCAGCUGGACUUUGAACCCACGGGACGAGACUGCAGAAUGGAAACCCCCCCAAGAAGUUUCUGGCAUCUCUCAGGUCGGAGGCAUCCCGGCAUUAUUUGUUCUCAACGGGACUUUGCACGUCAUCUGCGAGUCUGCCAAUGAAAGUCGAGAUAUCCUAGGCUUUGCAUAUGCUUCCCUUGAAGAUGUGUGGAACUCUUGCGAGGAUGUCAGUGAGGGGAAAGCAGCAUCUGGUGUCUCUGCGACCUCGUAUGGUGACAGUGCUUUCCUCGCCUUCCAGGAGAAUGGACCCAAUGAUACGUCUCAUGUGAUAUACAUCAGCGAGUACAAGGACGGGAAAUGGCUGCCUCAAGAAGCUGUAGCAGGACAAGCAUCUGCGAAUCCUCCUCAACUGUCAAUUUUGAACGGGAGGAUCAACUGCAUAUUCAACUCCAACGAUGAGACGAAGGAUCUGAAAUGGUAUUCCCGAUCACUUCUCGACUUCUCACUCAGUACUUGGAUGUCAGAUAUCCCGGAUGAUACUUUGUUAUCUAAUAUCACGCUUCCAGGGACUCACGAUAGCUGUGCAGAAUCCAACAUCCCAUUCGUCAGGACGCAAUACCUUUCGAUCACGAAGCAGUUGGAAGCCGGACUGCGGUUCUUGGAUUUGCGCGUUCGAGUCCAUUCGGAUGGUCAGCUUUACAUGUACCAUGGAGGAAUCCCGAUCAAUUACCCGAUGUAUCUCAAGUUCGACAAAGUGAUGAACGAGGUCUUCACCUUCUUCCAAAAGAACUCAAAGACACCCACAGAAACAGUCCUCAUCUCAAUCAAUAAUGACGAUACAUCCGGAAAAGAGCCACCCGAUAUCUUCUACAACGCGAUAAAAACUCACAUCGAAGCCACGCCCCUUUACGAAGAUGGCAGUCCCCGCUGGAUCACUGCGAGAGAAACAGUCACCCUGGGAGAAGCUCGCGGUAAAGGGGUUCUCCUGCGACGCUACCAGCCCGACCAAGCUCUCCCUCCUAGUAGAAGAAUGGGCAUCGAUCUCAGUGGCUGGUUGAACAACAACCCUGACUUUAUCCUCGAGACCCCGGACGGCGUUACCGUGAAUCUGCAAGACAAAUGGCAGUACUCUGAAGUCAUUCCCCUUGCCGAACUUGUGAAGUCAAAAUUCGGGUUCGUGAGUAACCUGCUUGAGAAGGCUGCAGCCGGCCAGCCGGAUCAUUGGUUCCUCAACUUCAUGAGUGCUGUAGGGGAUCCGGUUGAGAAGGGAGAGAUUGCGGAGAGCCGUUGGAUUGCGGUUGGAGCCCAUAGCAAUAUUAUUGGGAAGUUCGUGCAGGGCAUGAAUCCGACGGUAAGGAAGGAGUUUAAGUGGGGGGUUAAGAAGAGGUAUGGGGUAGUUGCGAUGGAUUAUCCAGAACUACCGAAGGAUAGCGAUCUGAUUUCUUGGUUGAUUGGUACGAAUAUGUAGAUGUAAUAUUGCUGUUGGGAUCAGUAUGAAGCACUUCAGUAUGAAAAAAAAAAGUUUAGAGGCAAAGCGGGU